CACCUGGGCCUGGCUCUGCAGAUUAUUCCCGGCAGAUGUGAGCGCCCUCCGUUAUGAGCGCACUUGGCUCUCCGCCCGCCUCCUCCCAACGCGACUCUGCAAUCAGAGCCGUGUCCACACGCGGCUCAGCACAGCGGCCAUCGGGAUGCGGGAGCAGCCUCAAAGUUAGGCUCUGGAAGCUGUCGGAGUGUGUUGAAGCUCAAUAUGCCCCGCAUUCUAUGGGAAGAGGCUGUUUGUGGAGUGCUCCUCACCUCCCACUCUGCUCAAAAAAUUGGCUUCUCAUUCCAGCUUUUAAUACAAAAGACUUACAGACUUACUUUGGGUCCAAAGUGACAUUUUUAUGUUUCACGAGAGGAUGCAAGGUCCACCCAUGUGUCUGCCCCCUCUGUAAUGCUUUUCUAUUAGUGUUUUGCAUCAGCUGCAUAAUAUCAGAAAUAACAUCGCAAAUCCUUACAAGAUGGAUUACCUGAUUUUAGCACAGUAGGUUCCAUUUACAUAUUUUAUUUUUCUCUCUCAGUGUUUCUUGAAGCAUCCUGGACUGUCGUCAUAAUGGCUCAUUUGCUGGGUGCCUCAUCAUUCAAAUUAUGUUUUGACAAGACUGCCUUAAUGUGAUCAUUACUCUGAAAGCUUUCAUGAGAAUGCCAUGAUGCCCCUUUUCUCUUCAGAGAACUGAACUGAAGUUUUGUUUUGCACAGAACCGUGUCCACCAUCUGCAGCAUUUUGGAGCUGAUGGGUCCUGUGUUGGGCAACAUGACCCCAGCUUCUCUGACACAGAACUGCACUAACUGCAGCCAAAUUUUAAUCCCAGAUCUGAGAGUGGUCAAAACUGUGGUUUUAGGGAUGGUUCUGGGUGUGUUAAUCUUGUUCGGAGUGGUUGGAAACAUCCUGGUUAUUCUGUCUGUGGUUUGCCAUCGACACCUGCGAACAGUCACACAUUACUUCAUUGUUAAUCUGGCAGUGGCAGACCUGCUGCUGAGCUCCGCUGUACUACCUUUUUCAGCCAUUUUUGAGAUUUUGGAUCGUUGGGUGUUUGGACGGGCUUUUUGUAAUGUUUGGGCAGCUGUGGAUGUGCUCUGCUGCACGGCCUCCAUCAUGAGCCUUUGCGUGAUUUCCGUGGACCGCUACAUCGGAGUCAGUUAUCCUCUGCGUUACCCCUCCAUUAUGACAAAGCGCAGGGCUCUGUUGGCAGUGAUGCUUUUGUGGGUGCUCUCUAUUAUUAUAUCCAUCGGACCGUUGUUUGGUUGGAAGGAACCGGCACCAGAGGAUGAGUCUGUCUGCAAGAUCACAGAGGAGCCAGGAUACGCAAUCUUCUCAGCUGUUGGCUCCUUCUACCUCCCUCUGACCAUCAUACUGGUCAUGUACUGUCGGGUUUAUGUUGUAGCUCACAGAGAGAGCCAGGGCCUUCGGGAGGGCCACAAGACGGAGAAGUCAGACUCAGAGCAAGUGAUUCUCAGGAUGCACCGUGGAAACACAACUACAUUGGAGGACGAAUCACUGCGCAGCCGGACUCAUUUUGCCUUGCGGUUACUCAAGUUUUCGCGUGAGAAGAAAGCUGCAAAGACGCUGGGCAUCGUGGUUGGAUGCUUUGUGUUGUGCUGGCUGCCAUUCUUUCUGGUAUUACCAAUUGGUUCUAUAUUCCCUGCAUACAGACCUUCAGACACGGUCUUCAAAUUCACCUUCUGGCUUGGCUACUUCAACAGCUGUAUCAACCCCAUCAUCUAUCCAUGCUCCAACCAGGAGUUCAAAAAGGCUUUUCAGAGUUUACUUGGAGUUCACUGUUUGAGGAUGACUCCCAGACCGCACCACCACCAUCUGAGUGCAAGUCAAAAUCAAACUCAAGGUCACACCCAGGGCCUCGCUCUGACCCUUGACAGCAGGGGGGCUCCCUGCAGACUCAGCCCCUCCUCGUCUGUAGUCCUUUCCAGAACUCCUUCCUCCAGGGACAGCAGGGAAUGGAAAGUGUUUUCCAUGGGCCCCAUCAGUAGCGGUGAAGGGCCAGCCGACACGAGCAGAGCCAAAGUUGCCAAGCUGUGUAACAAAAGCCUCCGCCGAACCUGUUGCUGCAUCCUCAGUCCUGAGACUCCCCCACAAGAAACCCCUGUUGUUAGAGACCUUCCUACUAUUAAAAUCCACCAGCUAUCCCUGUCAGAAAAAGGAGAGCCAGUAUAACCUCUGUCAUCAUUCAUGGAUUGUUCAUGACUCUUAUUUAAAGUCAGACAAGACCAGGUUUUAUUUGAACAUUGUUGCUGCGUUGAAACUGAAAUUUACCUCAACUUUAAAAUCCUUCUUUUCCUUUUUCUUUACCUGAUAUAAGUUGGUUAAGAAGGCAAAAAGAAGAUGGAAGUUUCCUGUCAAAUUUAUCAUAUAAAAUGGAUCACUUUGGUGAGAUGGACAAGCUUGUUAAAGCAUUCCCAAAUGUUUACAUAUACAUUGGGUAUAAAACGUCUACACACCUCUGUUAAAAUGUCACCUAUAACCUGCACAACUGAGCUAAAAAAACUAUCAUUUAGAGGGGAAAAAGAUAAAAAUAAAAACAAAUAAUAACAAUGUGUUAGGAUAAGUGUGCACACCCUCUUAUUACUGCCAAUGUGUCCGUCUUCAGAGUUACCCCCACAUUUAAACCAAUGUUAUGGUCAUGGUCUGCCAAGAGCUUCCAAAACCAUUAGCGAGAACUCAUUGCCAAAAGAUAUCAGUCAGGAGAAGGCUGCAAAAGUAUUCCCGAGGUAUUAAAUAUACCAUGAAACACAGUGAAGGCAGCCAUUAAGUGGAGAGGAUGUAGUGGAAGAGUGGCUUUACCAACGUCCAUCCAAAAUCUAUAAAACAAGAAGAACGCGACUGGUCAGGGAGGCAGUAACAUUAAAGGAGCUGCAGGGAUUUUACUGCAAGUUCUGGCUGUGUGAUACAAUUGUCAGCAAUCUCUGUAUUUUCAUUUACUUACAGUUUACAUCAAGGCUGUGUUGUAACAGGGCAAGAUGGGAGCCUUUUCUUAGAAAGUAAAAUCCUACCCAAGCUAAAUUUAGCAAAAACGUAUUGAAGCCCCCCAGUUGCAUGAGGAAAAUAUAUCAGAGCAUGAUUAAUCUAACUUUUUGACUAUAGUUACAGCAAAAACAACACGGAACAUUAUUAAAAGAACACAAUACCAACAGUAAAGCUUUAGGUCUGUAGCAUCACUACUAGCCAGUGUCUCCACAAACUCUUCUGGCUUCAAUUAGAAAGCCGAAUAUGAAUAAGAAACAGUGCGACACAUACAUCCAAUCCACAAAGGAAGGCUUCACUAGAAGAAAAUAGUUUUGAAAUGCUCAAAGCAUAGAUCUAAAUCAAAUAGAACAUAUCUGGGCUGAUCUGAAGAGGACUGUGUACAGGAGAAGCCUUUGCAAUCUGACAGCAACGUUUUUGCAAGUCAGGAGGCACAUAAAAAUCUAAUAUUUUAACAGCGUUAUGUGGACUUUUCGUAUGCUUUGUAUAUUGCAUUAAAGGAGAGAGGUUUGAAUGUAUAAAUGUAUAAAUAUGAAAGUUUAUUCUACUGCAUGGUCUCAAAAGAAAUAUAAAAAAAAAAUGCUGGUGCUCCUGAUGUUUCCAAAGUUUUCCUGAAGCUGUUCAUCUUGUGAAAAUGUUUGUGUGCGCAGUACAAACCGAGGAACCUCACAUGCUUCCAUGUCACAAUAAAUUCCUAUGACAUGCUCCCAAGGGAGGAUUUCUGAGGCGAUUUCUGAGCUUCUGUUCCUUGUUGUUUUCUCCGCUUUGUUUCUUUUUGUGGGUUAAUUUACUACUCAAUUUGUCUCUUUAGUCUUUCCACCACAUUCCCACAGUGUCAUGAAUCUUGUGAGCAGUGCCAGAUGGAUCUCUUAAUAUACUUCUUUGGAAUUUUAACUGACCUUGUGGUUGCUGGCCUCAAUCCUGAUCAACCUCAAGCCUCUUAAAAGAAAUCUGCCAGAUUUAGAGAUGUCAGAAUAAAGUCUCACACAGUCUCAGACAUUCUUCUCUCAGGCCGCAUUCCCUUUUUCUGUUGCUGCCAGUUUUAAUAGCCGUUGACCAAUGGUGGUUCGUGCACAAACCAUCCCUGGAUGACCCCUCUUUCUGGACCCUGUUCCAUAUAUAUUCCAUAUAUAUAUAUAUAUAUAAACCAGAUAUUUAUGUACACUAUAAAAAAGACAACAAUUUUUUUCAAUGUGUGACAUUAAAUCAGCCUUUUUCUGCUUUAGGUCAGUUAGGAUUACAACAAUGAUUCCUAUUUAUUUCUACAUGUCAGAAUAAUGAGAUGGAGAUUAUUUUAAAGAAUUAUUUGUUACUUCCUUUAAAUUCAGACGUUUACAUACUUUUUGUUGGUAUCUGUAUGACUCCUGUUGCAAAACACCCAAACCACAUGAUGCUCCCACCUGUACUUCAAAGCUGGAAUGAUGUUUUCAGGCCUGAAAACUUCCCUCUUUUCCUUCAAAUGUAGCGAUGGUAAUUAUGGCCAAACUCUUACAUUUUAUUUUUAAUCAGACCAUAAGAUAUGUCCUGAGAAUUAUCAUCUUUGUCCAUGAGUGCAUGUAUAAACUGUAAUAUGAGUUUUUAGGUUGCAUUUGGAGUAAUGGUUUCCUCCUCUUUAAAUGGCCUUUCAGGUUAUGGUGGUGCAGGUCUCGUUUAACUGUGGAUAGUGAAACUUUCCUACUCGGGUAUCUGUUUAACAGUUACAGUCGAACAAAGUUGUCGCUCUUUCUUCAGACUGCUUACAUUCUAAUACGUUGCAAUACGUUACUUUCAAAGUCCGCUGCCUUGUCUGUUGCUCAUGCUGAGCCCAUUGUGGCAGCAGAUAUGUGUAAUGCAUUUGCAUAACACCAAAUAAAAAACCCAAGACCACUAGAA